AUGUCACGGCGGGCACUAGUGUUUGACGGGCUAUGGUACUCUUUAUGUCCCUCGUUCAGUCUUUCUACACUCAGUCGUCCGGCACCAUUUCUGAAGAAACCGCGCCGCCCGCCGGUCUUAUCCGUCGCCGCGACUUCGCCUCCACGACGAUGUUACAAGCACAAAACCGGCGGGUUUGUUGAUCUAAACAAGGUCACAGACAGCACAGCCCCCAAGACGUCCAAACCGAAAUCAUUCACCGAUCCUGAGCCCUCAUUGCCGCCGAACGAAGCCCUCAACCAUGAGGAAGAUACUACCAGUGCGCCAGACUCGACCGCCGGGGAGCAUUCGAGAUCACCGUCUCGCCGAGUGCCCAGGAACAUAUGCGAAAAGUCAACCGAUGAUCUAGAGUCAAUGCUAGAGGCUGUGACGCUCAAGUCGCCGAAUAUCCGGCACACAUCGUCGAUCUUAGGGGUUUUGAUCCGGGAUCGCCAUAUCAAGCCCACUGCCCGGCACUACAAAGCCCUGAUUUUGGCAAAUACGGACUCGGAGAGAGGCUCACCGGAUAUGGUGCGUCUUUUGCUGGACGAAAUGGAGAAUAAUGGCAUCACGGCAGACUCGGGGACCCUCCAUUCAGCGUUGCAGGUCCUCGCCGUACAUCCCGAUUACAUUCUCCGCCAGGAAAUCCUCGGCAAACUUCGAGACCGGUGGCUGCCCUUGAGUCCCCUGGGAUGGCAUUUCGUUGUAGCGGGUCUUCUACGGGAACACCAGUUGGAAUUAGCGCUCGAGCAACUCGAGCUCAUGCAGCGGAAAGACAUUUUCGUCGAGAAUUGGCUGCACAGCAUUAUUAUCUAUACCCUCUGCGACUUUCAAGAGUUCGACGAAGUGCAUCGUCUCAUGCAAGAACGCGUCAACCAGAACCAUGACAUGACCCUCAGUCUUUGGUCGCAUGUGCUGAAUGAGGCAAGUCUAGCUUCGCAUUACGAGGCCACUCUUUUUGUGUGGCAGCGCAUGGUGGACUUGUGCUACUUGCACCCGUCGCUCAGCACCUGCAGCAAUGUUUUAGAUCUCGCAGCUCAAGUUGGCAGCGCCGAACUAGCCAGCUCCGUUUUUCGAUAUUUCACCGAGACGCAAAUCCUGCCGCGCCGUGAAGACUACGACCUGCUCAUCAAAACGUACGUCAAGGUCGGCGAUCUGUCCGCCGCGUUCGACGUGUUGUGCAGCAUGCACGACGCGGAGGUCACACCGGAAGAAAGCUCGACGCGGCCGAUCGCAGAAUCCAUGCUCCAAACCAGAUUCGACCACCGCGAAGCAUGGCAGAUCCUCAAACGACUACAAUGGGACCACCGCCGGAACAUUCCUCUCGCCUGCGUGCGCACCAUCGCCGAAGUAUGCGAGCAACGCGCCGAGCAGGACCCUACCGUCGUCGACGAGGGUAUCGCUUUCUACAAAGAGCUAUACACGCUCUGCCCCAGCGGUGCUGACGUGACGGUCUACAACUCCUUCAUCCGGAUGUGCCGUCGCGGCAACAACCGCCAAGCAGGCAUGUUCCUCGUGAAAGAAAUGGCCUCACUGGGUGUGAUCCCCAACGCCACGACCUUCGAAUCAAUCAUCCUCAUGUGUCUCGACGCGGGCAAUUUCCGCUCCGCAUUCCUGUACUUCCAGGAUCUCGUCAAACGAGACGCUACCGUGAGCAAAGAAGCGCGUGCGGAGAUCUGCGAGAUCUGUGCCAAGUCCGUGGACGAGUUUGCGCUGCGACUACAGUAUCAUCCCCAGCUCCGGGAGGAGGAGGUACAGGAGCAGGAGCAAGAUCAUGGGCUGGAGCACGUUGAGAAUACAAAACCAGACACUCAAAAUGCUGCCUCGUCGCGUGGACGUUUGCAGGCUCGCUCAACAGGCCGUCCCUUCUUAUCACCUGCUGAGCAUCGUAUGGGGAUGUCGGUGGAGGAGCGACGAGCUUGGAAUAAGAGGCGCCGGAAGGAGCGGCGGCGGCGCGAGGCGAUUGCGCGCCACGGGGAGGAAGAGGGAUGGGCGGAUUGGGAGGCUGGUGGUUGUGACAAAGGUCCUGCGAAGGACAGUGUUGAUCGUUGA